UAUCUGUGUGCACUCGAAGAAGCCAAUGUUGUGUUUACUUAUGUUUUUACAUCGCGUUUUUGCACAUUUCUGCAAACUUCAGCCUUCAGUUUCUGGGAACAAGACGAGUCCCUUUUUUCCAACGGAUGUUUGUGAUCUCUUGUCAUAAAGCUGUCCAACCUCGAAGAGUGAGUAUUUGAAACGCGAGGGAAAGGGACAGAGAAUGUCUUAUUUAAAUAGAAAGGACCGGAAGCGAGUCAGCAUGCCGGAGCCUGUGAAUCACCAGGUGAACGCCGCUCGUAAGACGUUCCAGACUCUCUACCAGAUCUCUAAGCUGCUGAAUACAAAUCUAGAUCCGACCACUUUGAGUAUCUGUAUCAGGCUAUGUGAGAAUGGAGUGAAUCCACAUGCCCUCGCGACGGUGGUGAAGGAACUUCAACGAGAAGUCAAAGCGAUGAACGACGGACAACUGGAGUCUUCCACCAGCAAGACUAGCACAACCAAAUGAACAUGAACAAGUAUGACGCUAUUGUUGCUCUCCUACACUCUCUACAGAAUUGAUCUUGCGUUGUUAAAAAAUAUACGUUUUUGAAUGUAGAUAGUAUAUGAUAUUUUAUUUAUUAUACGAAUAAACUAAUAAACAUACAGUGUAAACUUAACGCUUGAUAGAAAUAAUUUGGUUUUUGUAAACAAAGUAGAAAAAAAUAUUUCUCGAAAGUAUACUUUUUAUAUAAAAAUAGACAAAUAGAAAUCGUUUCAGAAAUUAA